UUUCUGCGAGUUUAUUCUGUAAACGCUUCUUCCGCCAGUCCAAGAAUCUUCUUCGCAUUCUGUUUGCCUGCCAUCCAGCCACAAAACCAGCAGCAAACGAAACUAGGAUAGUGACCUGUAAUGUCCUCUCAGACACAUCGGCCAUGUUCACCUCCGUUAACCACAGCUCGGGUUUGACUGGUUUGUUGAAACACGUGCGUGUGUGAACGCGUAUCACGUGACAUGUGUCAGAGUAAAAAUAAAACAUGACAAAGAAGCAUCUUUCUAAAGUACUGUAUAACUAUAUAUAUUAAUGCAUUUGUUCGUUGUUCGUUAGAAUGAAACACAUUUUUGUGAAUGAAAAAAAACUUGCUUUUUCCUGGUUAGUAGAUGAAAGAGAAAAACUCUCGCGUUCAUGUACAUCCCUUUUCAUCAUAGUAUAAAACUUAAAGUAACGAUUCCAUAGCACAUGCUGAAAAAAGUACUUUCAUACAUCUCGUUCAAAUACAAAAAAUAAUUAUAUUAUCUCUACGUUUCUUCCAUUUUUAACCUCCCUUUGAACAAUGUAUUUUUCAUAGAUUGUUUAUUUUUAUAUAAUUACAAGCUUUGAAAUAGAAUUUUCUCAAUGGCUGCAUGGAAAGUCUGCAGCAGAUAAGUGGGAUUGUUUCGUUUAUUUAGAUAAGGGGGAUUCACGCCUUUUAGGUUGCUACGCAACAGCCGUCUUCGGUCACGCAUGUGCGCGGUGCAUAGUGGGAGUAUCCGCGCGAUGCUGAAUCAGUGCAGGAGCAGAGGAGGAGGCUGAAAAUGGUGCAGCAUCAACAAGGGAAAAAAAGCUGCGGUCGCGUCAACGGAACGAUGCGCCUUCCCAUGAACGCUCACUUUGAGAUUUUACUCCGACGACAGAAGAACAGUUGUAUGUGCAUACUGUGUUGCAGGUAUAUGGCAGGGUUUUUAUAAAGUGCUGGCCAGCCAAUGCAGUGCGUAGGGCCCGGUGUCAACACCGACGAAAACAUGAACGGGACAGGGGAGCAGGUUGACAUCCUGCCCCCACAGUGCAUGGUGAAAGAACGCUGGAAAGUGAUGAAGAAAAUAGGCGGCGGAGGUUUCGGAGAGAUAUAUGAGGCCUGCGACCUGUUGACACGGGAGAAUGUUGCUUUAAAAGUGGAAUCUGCACAACAGCCCAAACAAGUGCUAAAGAUGGAGGUCGCUGUACUAAAGAAACUACAAGGAAAGAAUCAUGUUUGCAAAUUUAUUGGAUGUGGAAGAAACGACAAGUUCAAUUACGUUGUCAUGCAGCUGCAGGUACAGGGAAGGAAUCUUGCUGAUCUGAGGCGCAGUCAGCCUAGAGGGACGUUCAGUAUGAGUACUACUCUACGGCUAGGAAAACAGAUCCUGGAGUCCAUUGAAGCUAUUCACUCUGUGGGCUUCCUGCACCGAGAUAUUAAACCUUCUAACUUUGCCAUGGGCCGGUUGCCAUCCACCAGUAGGAAGUGUUACAUGCUGGACUUUGGUUUAGCGAGACAAUACACAAAUACAAAUGGGGAAGUGCGGCCCCCAAGGACGGUGGCAGGGUUCAGAGGAACAGUUCGCUAUGCUUCCAUUAACGCUCAUAAAAACAAGGAAAUGGGUCGUCACGAUGACUUGUGGUCAUUAUUUUAUAUGCUGGUAGAGUUUACGGUUGGACAGUUACCAUGGCGUAAGAUAAAAGAUAAGGAGCAGGUGGGACAGAUCAAAGAACGUUAUGAGCACAGGAUGCUGUUAAAACACAUGCCUCCAGAGUUUCAUAUCUUCUAUGACCAUGUGCUGGAUUUAGAUUACUUCACCAAACCUGAUUAUCAGUUGCUAAUGUCAGUAUUUGAGAACAGCAUGAAGGAGAGGGUGAUAACUGAGAAUGAGCUGUACGACUGGGAAAAAUCUGCAAUGGAAGCGGGACUCCCCACCAGCACACACACCCCACCGCAACAAAACACACGGCAGACUGCAGCUAUCGUAGGGAUACUGAAUGUGACACCGGUUACUGGAGAAUUAGCUCGGGAAAACACUGAUGAUGUUCUGCAAGAUGAACACCUAAGUGACCAGGAGAACGCUCCACCUCGUUUGAUACCCAGAGGACCCAUUGAGCCCACACCAGCCCCACCUGCUGGUGAAGGAUGGGAUCAAACUGAUUUCAACCGUAAUAAACUCAGGAUCAGCAACGAUAAGACACAGGUAGAAGCAGCAGAGGAAUUGGAGGAGCCUGUUGGAGUCUUGAGGGGUGGAGAAGCAGACGUUCAAGCCCACCCUACAAGGUACCGGAGAGUCAACAGUCCGGAAUCAGACCAUCUGUCUGCUGCUGAGGAUAGAGGAGAUGGUGCAGAUAGACGCUCUCGCAUGGACAUGCUGGGCUCUCCAUCCAGACACGUCUAUUCAUCCCAGCCUGCUCAGAUGCUCUCCUUAGACGCCGGACAGGGAGAUCGCCUGGCUGGUGGUCGCCACGAUGUCUCUGGAGAUGGUGAUCAAGAGGCUCACAGCAACGCUUUCAUCCGCUCAGUACCGCUUGCAGAAGAAGAGGACUUUGACAGCAGAGAGUGGGUGAUGAUUGAUAAAGAAACAGAGCUGAAGGACUUCCAUCCUGGAGCAGAGCCCACCACCUCGGGGACCACGGAUGAGGAACCAGAGGAAUUACGUCCCCUUGAGGACCACGACGAGAGGAGAAGGAGAGGAGGCGGGCAUGGAGUGGGCAGAGCUGAGGCUGUGGUACGGCCCAAAACGCAACGUGCAAUGAUGAUCGUAGCAGAAGAGGAGGGGGCUAGGCCAAGCCCCACUCAUUCACCUUAUCACUUAUUGCCUCAUCCAAGAAGAAGAGAGUCAGAGCCGUUUGGACCUGAUGGACCGGAGAUCCCAGUGGCCGAAUGCUUACCCAGCAACUCUCAAGCACGUCUGAAGCGAGUGGACUUUGUAUCUGGCGUGCUGAUGUUUGAAGACCUGAGGGAGGAGGGUGCAAAGAACCGUGGGUCAUGUAGUGACGGAAGCCCUCGUAGUAGUGAAGGAAGCCCUCGUAGUAGUGAAGGAAGCCCAGAGGGUGCCGCUUCCACCCUUCUUGCCCCCGCCCACCGAGACCACGAUCAGGAAGAGGGCUCGCGCACGUUAGUUCUGGUCUCCGCUGGUAACGGACAGGUUUCACCUGGAGACGGGCAGGGUACCCUGGCCGCAUUGACGCCACAGGGAGAGCGACCCAUGCCGGAUGAAUCUGAACCCGGGGCUCUCUCCUCAGUCGUAAGGUCGGAGCCCAGGCCUAUUGUUAUGACGACUGCGGCUGUGAUCUCCGGCGGAUCUUCCUCGCCUCCGUUCACCAAGGUGGAACGUACGUUCAUCCACAUUGCCGAGACGACCCAUCUCAAUGUCAUGACAGCCAAACACCGUCCACCUGGAUUGGAUGAAGUGAUGUCCGCUGAGCGUGUGGAGUCAGGGGGUGAAGAAAAGAAGAAGGAAGAAAAAGGAAAAGGAAAGGAAAAAGAGAGGGAUAGUGAUUUGAUUCCAGCGGAAAGGGAUGACGAAAACCGGGAGAACGAAAAGGAAGGCGAAGAGGAGAAAGCGGAAGAAAGUCAAGCUGAGGAGAAUGAUGGCAAGGCUGACGAAUUGGAAAAGCAAAAAGCAUGCUACAGUCGUGCCGAAGAAGCAAAGACUUUGUUUAUAACUGGGUCAUAUGACCAACAAGAGACCACAGAGGAAACCAAAUUGAAUGCCAAACCCGAAAGUGUCACACCUGUAGAAGGGCAACAAAUGAAAGAGGAGCGAGAAGAGUGGCCCUCUCCUCCUCCUGAACAAAAGAACGAUGCAGAUGUUGAAGAAGAGGCAGAUUCGCCCAAUAGAAAGCCAGAAUCAACACAGAGGCGAAGCCGGAUUCCUGUGCUCAUGUCGGAGGACGAAACCGGCUCGGACAAGUCGUCUCAGAAAAGUCAAGAACAGUUGCAAAGAAUUCGCAAAAGCCACCAACAACAUCUUGCCCGUCUCGUUCUGGAGCGUAAACAGACACAGCUGAUUCGUUCUCGGUCAGCCUCCUCCCGCUCCACAACGCCAUCUACGACUGCAUCUGAGGAUGAAACGAACCAAUCAGACGACUCCGGCAGACGGGAGACUGGAGCCGAAGAACGAAAUAGAAGCAGGAUUCCUCGGCCAGUCACACCCACAAAGGGACCUUCCGAACAAUUGGGGAGCAUGACACUUCCACAAACCCAGAGAUCUGUGUCUUUCAUUCAAUAUAGAACCAACAGUUCUGUCAAUCCCAGGCUACAAAAGUCUGCAAGUCUGCACACAAAUAUCAAUCAGCAGCCGAAACCUCAGCUCCGCCCCUCUAAAACGCUUCCACCUCGACCUCCACUCUCAGGCCCGUCCCACCCGCAAGGAAGCCGGACCGCCACACGUACCGUUUCUCGUACCUCAGCUGCCAAUGCCCCCCGAAGCAUUAGCACCUCCCCUCGGAGUUACCCCACCUCUCGCACCGAUAGCCCCUCACCUCAGCGCAUCCGCCAAAAGCCUGCAGCCAUUGAAACGCAAAGACAGCCACAGCAGCCCAGACCACCUCUCCAAUCCCAGUCUAAAUCCAAAACUCAGGAGUCCACCUCCAAAAAAGUCAAACUCCACCCGACUACACCGUCACAAAAAGGGAGAAAAGAACCAGUGGAAUCCAAGACGAAACCUAGAUAAUUAUAGUGCGAGGACUUUGAUCUGGAUUCUCUAGUUUACCUGUCAUCAUCAUUUAGGCCCUACAGUACCAGGCCAUAAUAAUCUUUAAGUAACCAGUGUUGGAUUAAAGCUCUCAUGAACCACAAUAGACUCAACCAAAAGGAUGGGCACGUUCCCUGUUCAGCCAAGUGACUGCAGCAGCUACUUAAAUACCUCUCAUGAGGAGAACCUCUGACAUUUACACACAUGCACAUUGUCUGUAGUAAAUUGUGUGUGUGGGUAAAGUAUCAUGACUGAAGUGUGUUGGACAGAUCAACACGCCUCAUAUGCCUUAAACCUACAAAGGAAAUAAUUGCUGCCAUCACUUCAAGGCUUCCACAGGCUCUUGUCGCCAUUGUCACGUCCAGUAAUACAAUCACGUCAUAUGCUUUUGAAUUCUGGUUCAUUCGCAGCUUCCUCUGGUUAAAUUACUACAGGUAAAUAGACAUGCAAUUGAAUUUUUUUUUUAUUAAAAGUUAUUUAUCCCAUACCAACAUCACAGUAGCAAAAUCUGUAAAAAAACAAAGAUAGCUUUACUGAAACUUAAAGCUGCAAUCUGUAACUUUUGCCUCUUUUUUGCCAUCUCUGUUCGGGAUAAUAAAAAUUAAAGGAUGCAUUCAUAUUUAUACAGCCGUGGGAAAAAUUAAGAGACCAUUCAAAAUUUUCAUUUGAUCAGCACUUCUUGACAUAUUGUGGCCAUGUUUCUUCAGUGUCUGAUAAAUUUUAACAAAAUCAAACCACAUGAGUAACAUAAAGUCAUCUAACAGCGAUGUGAAACACUGACAGCAUGACAAUGCACAUAAAAAAGGUUAUUAAAAUCAGUUAUCAGUUACAGAGCAUCUUUUAUUUUCUCCAGUUUUCAUUUUCUGCAAAUAAAUGUAAGUAGUUUAGAGAAUGAAACAAAAUGAACAUUCACAUUCCUGUAAUAAGUGAAUUCUGAAGAACAGAAUGUAUUGAAAUGGUUUCUUAAUUGUUUCCUUGGCUCUACUCUACAAUGGAUUCUAAAUCAUUAUUUAAAGUAAGAUGAGACCGUUUUCCACACUUAAUUUAUUAUGUGCUUGCUCAAUAACUGAUUUUUUAUGUUGCAUAUUGCAGUUUUAAAGACCCAAAGUCCCAAAUGUACUAAAUAUAUUAGAGUUCUAUUGUCAGUGUAAUGGACAGCCUUUAAUAUCAACUGCAGUUGAUUUCAGUGUGCAUACGUCUGGUAUAAAUACAUUUAAUCUUCACACACGGCUCUACUAUUUGUAGAUCUCUAGUAUCACCAAAUUUGCUGCUACAAUCUGAUGUCAAUCAUGUUAUCAACUUGGCCCCUCCCAUCGUCUACAAUUCUCCCUGAAUAAGUGUCAAUCCAUCUGUGACACACUCGUGUGUGUUAACCAAUUUCUCUGUUAACCAAUCCCAGACCAGCACUGCUCUAAUGGCAUGCACAUGGAUUAUGCUCAUUUUUCCGUUAUCGUCUUUUGCAAAACUGUAGAUAAUAUAAGCAGUAUAUUUGAAAAUAAAUUUAUAUUUUUGUUCCAAAAAACAACAAAGGUUACUAAAAAGAUGAAAUGAAUAACGACUACUUUAAUCACAUUUUUUCAGUCAUAGCCUGAAAAUGCACCGUUGAUCUGUAUGCAUCAUUUACAGUUCGAAGAAGGUUGGAAAAAUGUCAAGGAGCUACAGUGCCAGUCGGGAUCCGAUAUUGUGUUUUACGGCAGCAUGGCAGGAAUUUUUAAAUGUAAGGUCGGAUUUUUACUCCUCUGCUGCUCCCGAGUGUCGACUCUACAGUAUUGGUUGUAGGCCGUCUUACUAAAAGGUGCUAUCCUUGAGUGAGUGUUUAUCAAAGCCUGCGCUAGUCAUUAGUGUUUUACUCGUCCUGUGCUUGGAAGGAACAUCCCUGAAGAUUGUCAAAGCAGAAACGUGUGCUAAAAAUGUCAUGUGUGGACAACUCCUUCCGCAGAACCAUUGCAUGCUGUUGUUUGGAUGAAAUAGCGGGAAAAUCCGUUCUGAAGUAUAUGUUCCAGAAUGUUCCGUCCGUGAUGAACCCAGAAGACUCUCUGCUUAUAAUACCAACUAUUUAAGGAAAGAGGGAAUGGAGACAGAUCUUUGGUCAUCUCUUUUCACAGCGUUCCUUUGUGCCCAUAAAGACAGAGAGAACUUGCAUGAUUGUGAGUUAAAUGAAUCAUGAUUGACUAACUUGUACUAAAGAGCAACCUUGCUGAGAUAUACAAUUAAAAGUUGCUACAAAUUAUAAAUGAUGCCAUCCAAUAAACAGA